AUGGUGGAAGGAGACAUCGUCACUGGCACGGUCCUUCACAUGACGGAGUCGGACGUGAUCGUGGAUGUCGGCUACAAGUCGGAGGGCAUCAUCGCGCUUGACGAAUUCCGGGAUGUCGAUGGAAAUGUCCGGGUUCGCGAAGGGGACGAGAUCGAUGUCCUCGUCCAGCGGGCCGACAACCGUCGCGGCCACCUCGUGCUUUCCCAUCGGAAAGCCGAGAAGAUGAAAGUCUGGAACCAGAUCGAGGACGCCUUCGAGAAGCAGACGCCGGUGCGCGGGCGGGUCGUUGACCGGAUCCGGGGCGGACUGGAGGUCGAUAUUGGGGAAAUCGGGGUGCGCGGCUUUCUCCCCGGCUCGCAGGUGGAUCUGCGUCCCGUACGGAACCUCGGCAGCUACAAGGGUCGCGAACUCGAACUGCGCGUCAUCAAGCUGAACAAACGUCGCGGCAACAUCGUGCUCUCGCGCCGGGUGGUUCUCGAAGAGGAAAAGACGAAGACCCUCGCCGCGCUCGAAGUCGGGCGGGUGUUCCGGGGUGAAGUGCGCGAUCUCACCGAGUACGGAGCGUUUGUGGACAUCGGUGGCAUUUGCGGCCUUCUCCACAUUCGGGAGAUGUCCUUCCGCCGGCUUGAGCAUCCUUCGGAACUCAUGAAGGUGGGUGACCAGAUCGAGGUGGUCAUCCUCCGGUUCGAUGCGGAGGCGGAGCGGGUCUCCCUCGGCUACAAGCAGCUCAACGUCGAUCCCUGGACGACUGCCCACGACCGCUACGCGGUGGGAACCCGGGUCCGUGGGAAGGUGGUCAGCAUCACCGACUACGGCGCCUUCAUCGAGAUGGAGCCCGGAGUUGAGGGACUCAUCCACGUGAGCGAGAUGAGCUGGAGCAGCCGGACCAAACAUCCGUCCAAGCUGCUUGGCAAGGGCGACUUCGUCGAAGCCAUGGUGCUCCGGGUCGACUUCAAGGCCCGGCGGAUCAGCCUCGGUCUCAAGCAGGUGGAACCGAACCCGUGGCCACGGCUUGCCGAGCAGUACCCCAUCGGUUCGCGGCUCACCGGGACGGUACGAAAGUUCACUGACUUCGGCGCCUUCAUCGAAGUGGACAGCUCAAUUGAUGGCCUGAUCCACAUUUCCGACCUCAGUUGGAACAAGCGGGUGAACCAUCCUUCCGAAGUCCUCAACGUGGGCGACGACGUGGAGACCGUGGUCCUGAGCAUCGAUCCCGAGAACCGCCGCCUGUCGCUCGGACUCAAACAGCUUUCGGAUGAUGCCUGGGAGGGCUUCUUCACCCGGCAUCAGGAAGGCGAUCUGGUGGACGGGACCGUGAUCCGUUUCGCGGAUUUCGGAGCCUUCGUCCAGAUCGAGGAAGGGAUCGAAGGCCUGUUGCGCCUGAACGACAUUGACGAGCCACCGCCAUCCAAGGCGGAGGACCGGCUGCACCUGGGGCAGCCGCUCAAGUUGCGGAUCGUGCGGCUCAGCCGUGAUGAUCGAAAAGUGGGACUCUCGCUCCGGGCUGCCGAGGAGGGCUAUUCCGGACACGGCGAAUCGAGUGAGGUGUCCUCCGUCAAGAUCGGAGACGUUUGGAAGAGGUGA